AUGAUUAAAAGAGAACUGGAAGAACUAGAAAAAUAUACAAUAAAAGAACGAAAUUUAGAACCAUAUCACAUUACAAGCCAUUUUGGUACACUUAUAACUCCAAUUCAUUCAUCCAGAUCUCACCCCAGAUCUAGAACUAAAGAUCUUGUUUCGAGGCAUCAACAUAAUGCAGGGUCAAGACAAACAAUACUAUCAAGUUUUAUAUUUAGUUGGGUGUAUGCUGGUGGAUCUAACGAAUGUAGAACUAAAGAUCUUGUUUCGAGGCAUCAACAUAAUGCAGGGUCAAGACAAACAAUACUAUCAAGUUUUAUAUUUAGUUGGGUGUAUGCUGGUGGAUCUAACGAAUGUCUAAGAAGUUAG